AUGGAUAAUUUGGGAAGGCCAAUGAAUUGGAAAGGUCAGUUCAUUAUUUUACUCAUCUUCACUGUUUUUUUCUUUGUUGUAUUCUCGUCCAAUGAGUUGCAAUACCAGAAGCAGAUUGAUGCAGAAGCUUUGCUUGAAUUAAAAAUGUCUGUAAUAAUCGAUCCAAGGCUUUCCUUGUCCAACUGGGUAAAUAGAAAUAACAUUUGCAACUGGACUGGAAUAACUUGUGAUCACAAUCAACUGGUUGUGAGUGUGGUUCUCAAGUACAGGAAUCUGGCUGGUACUAUACCACCUCACAUUGGCAAUUUAUCCUUCCUCACAAUUCUUAACCUCUCUAAUAACCAUUUCUCUGGCCCAAUUCCCCACGAGCUUGGUAAAUUAGAGAAGCUGCAGUACAUUAAGUUGUAUGAAAACAGUAUGCAUGGUUCAAUUCCAAUUGGUCUGGGUGAUUGCACAAACCUUUUAGAACUCCGGUUGAACAACAAUUUUUUGAGUGGAAACAUUCCCUCAGAGCUGAGUUCCUUGCACAAGUUGCAAAAACUCCACCUCUCUUCCAAUAAUUUGAGUGGUAUUAUCCCUCAAGACUUGGCAAAUUGCACUGCGCUUAGAGGAUUAGAUCUUGCUGAUAAUCUUUUAAGUGGCGCCAUCCCCUCUAAAAUCAACGGCUUUAGAGAUUUAAGAGUAAUGAGACUACGUGGAAAUCGUUUUGUAGGGGAAAUCCCCAAGUCUCUGAGUAACUGCUCAAAAUUGCGUUAUUUGUCGUUAUCUGACAAUGCGCUUGAAGGACCAAUUCCAUAUGAGAUAUUAACAAGAUUGACUAGAUUGCAAUCUUUGCGUCUGGACUCCAACAAACUCAACGGUAGCAUCUCCGAGGAGAUUGGCAAAUUGUGGAGAUUGAGGGAGAUUUGGUUUCAUAACAAUAGUCUUACCGGUAGCAUUCCCAAGGCCCUGGCGAACUGUUCAUCUCUGGAGUUGCUUUAUCUAUUUUUCAAUCACUUGUAUGGCACCAUUCCAGAAGAAUUGGGUUCACUUACCCGACUGCGGAGUCUAUGGUUAACUCAUAAUAGACCAAUUUAUUUUCUUAUGAACUGUACUGAACUGGAGACAUUGGCGAUAGGGAACAACAAGCUUGAAGUGACUAAUAACAAUCUCAGCGGGGACAUACCUCCAGAGUUGAAAAUGCUGACUCGUCUACAAAUACUUAAUCUUGGUAUUAAUCAGUUCAAGGGAAAUAUUUUUCCUUUCCUUCUAAACUGCACACAACUGCAAAAUCUUGGACUAGAAGUGAACAAUUUUGUGGGCUCCAUUCCCUCAGAUAUUGGCCUCAAGCUUGCUAACUUACAAGUUUUUAUUGCUGGAGGUAAUCAAUUCAGUGGCGGGAUCCCAAAGUCUCUGGGAAAUUGUUCUCAGCUCUCACUUCUUGAUCUCUCACUUAAUCGGUUGACUGGUCCGGUGCCUCAAGAACUGGGAAUGCUAAAUGCUCUUGAAAGAUUACAUCUUUGGGGUAAUAGCUUGUCAAGUGGACAUUUUAUUGGGAAUGUUCCGAGUGCAUUAGGCCGUCUGAAGAAUCUACAAUGGUUGGACUUGAGCUCCAACAAAUUCCAAGGCAACAUACCGCCAGAGUUUAGCAUGCUGGUAGACCUGGGAUAUCUAUGGCUUCAGCUAAAUCAAAUUUCUGGGGACAUCCCAUCAUAUUUGGGCAGUCUACAACAGCUGAGGAAACUUGACUUCAGUCAUAACAAGCUCACGGGAAGGAUACCGGAUACCAUUGGCCAAUGUUUCCGCCUGGAAAUGAUUGACCUCUCAUACAACAACCUCACAGGAAUUAUCCCCAUAGAGCUCUCAAGCCUUCGUUCACUGGUAUUUUAUCUCAAUUUUUCAUAUAAUUCAUUGACAGGAAGAUUGCCUUCACUGGGAGGAAUGCAACAUAUUCAGGCCAUAGAUAUCUCUGCCAAUAAACUCUCAGGACCAAUCCCUGGUGAUAUCGGCAGUUGCUCGGGAUUGCAGUACUUGAAUCUUUCUGAAAAUAAAUUGGAGGGAAUAGUGCCAAUAUCAAUAGGGCAGCUUAAGAGCCUCGAAAGCAUUGAUUUGUCUUUCAACGAGUUGUCUGGGCCAGUGCCACGCUCGAUUGCAAAUCUCACCAUGCUUCAGCAUUUAAAUUUCUCCUACAACAACUUGAACGGAUCAAUCCCAAAUCAAGGAGUUUUAAGAAACCUAAGCGCAGCAUCAUUUUUGGGAAAUCCGGGAUUAAGAAUAAAAAUAGCACCAGUUAUGGAUAGUUUGUUGGGACGAGAUUUCAUGCCAAUCUCAAGCCAGGAACUUCACAGAGCAACCCAAGGAUUUAGUGCUGUCAAUUUGUUAGGCGAGGGUAGCUUCGGGUCGGUUUACAAAGCGCUCUUGUAUGAUAAUACAUUGGCGGCUGUAAAGGUCUUUGACCAGGACCCUCAAAAUUCAUACAAAAAUUUCGUCAGAGAAUGCAGACUACUGAGCAAAAUCAGGCACCGCAAUCUUGUCAAAGUCCUGUCCUCUUGCUCAACUGCAGAUUUCAGGGCCCUGGUACUGGAAUAUAUGUCAAAGGGGAGCCUAGAACAACAACUGCACAAGGAUGAAAAAGGGUGUAGCUUGAGUUUGAAGAUGAGAGUUAACAUUGCACUUGAUGUAGCACAUGGGAUGGCAUAUUUACACCAUGAUUGUUCUCCCCCUGUUCUCCACUGCGACUUGAAGCCUUCAAAUGUGUUAAUGGACGAAACCAUGACAGCCCAUAUAGCUGAUUUUGGAAUUUCUCGUCUAUUGACAUCCCCUGUUUCUGAAAGUAGCAGCACGUCCAGACUGAAGGGAACAGUAGGCUACUUUGCUCCAGAGUAUGGAAUGGGAAGACAAGUGAGUAUAAAGGGAGAUGUUUACAGCUUCGGGAUUCUGAUCUUUGAAAUGGUGACUAGAAAGAGGCCUACUGACGAUAUGUUUUCUGGAGAUGUAACUUUGCCCAGACGGGUGAGAAGAGCAUUCCCUGACGCUGUGGAAGGAGUGGUGGACAGAGAGCUGUUGGUUGAUGAAUUAGCUCUGUCCAGCAGUGCAGAGUUGGUAUCCAGUGAGCAUGGCAGUUGUCUGCGUAGUUUAAUUGGAUUGGGAUUGCAAUGCACAAGGGAAUAUCCAGGGGAUAGACCAACAAUUAGAGAGGUGGAGGGCAUGCUUGAAAAGAUUGUGUAUGGCAGGGCAUAUGGCAAUUUAAAGGAACAUACACCCGUCCAGGAUCUGUUGAGUGCAGUCAAUGCAGUAGGCCAUCAAAAUGACAGCAGCAGCACUUCAUUCACCGAUCAAAGCUAA